AUGGAUAUCAUGGAUGAAAGCCCCGAUUUAUCGGGCCCUGUGUCGGGGACGAAUGCUACCCCAGCAUACAGAGCUCGAGGGUAUCAACUAGAGAUGUUGGAAGCCAGCAUGAAGCAGAACAUUAUUGUCGCUAUGGAUACAGGCAGUGGCAAAACGCAUAUCGCCGUGCUUCGUAUCAUCGCAGAAUUAGAACGAUGUCCGACGAGCCAGCUGGUAUGGUUUCUGGCACCGACUGUGUCUUUAUGUACUCAGCAACAUGAUGUGCUGGCUUCUCAAAUUCCGUCGGUCAAGACAAGGAUAUUGACUGGAGAUGAUCAUGUAGAGAGAUGGACCGAGCAGGCUGUCUGGAAUGAGGUUCUAAGAGACGUGCGCAUCGUCUGCUCGACCCAUGCAAUUCUUUCGGAUGCCCUGAACCAUGGAUUCGUGCGAAUGUCGCAACUGGCUCUUUUAGUCUUUGAUGAGGCACAUCAUUGUACACGCGGACAUCCGGCGAACAAAAUCAUGCGGAACCAUUAUCAUCCCACGAAAGCCAGAAAUGGCGCUGAUGCGGUACCCCACAUCUUAGGUUUGACGGCGAGCCCGAUCAUUCGGUCUAAACCGCAGGAAUUGACAAAAAUUGAGGCAAACCUCGAUGCUACCUGUAAAACGCCACACCAGAAUCGGUUGGAGCUGCAACAACAUGUCCACCGACCACGGCUGGAGCAGAUUGUCUAUUCUCCACUGAGCCCGGCAGAGGGCACAGUCGGUAGUCAGAUGAUUCCCUGGCUUGUAAGAUGCAUUCAGUCCUACCGACGCGAGGAUGAUCCAUCGUGUCAGAUCCAUUCACACUUGGAGCUGGGCACUCAAGACAAACCGGCACUUGCCCACCAAAAGGUCAGCUACUGCAGAGAGCAGCUAGACAAGUUCCUUGACCGAAGCUUGAAGAUCUAUAGUGAGCUUGGUGGCUGGGCCGCUGAUUACUACAUUCGGGCGACUCUCGAUCAACUACAACAAGCACUCAACAAGGACAGGGCGAUGGAGAGUCAAGAACAUGCGGAGAAGGUGUUCCUUCUUGAAAUUUUACUGGGUCAGCCUAUACCAGGAGAGAGCGACCACAUUUCACCGAAGCUGGAAACCCUUCUAUCAUUUCUGGAUGCAAUAGAUGAUAGCGAGUUUUCUGGCAUUAUUUUCGUCAAGGAACGGGUGACCGUCAGCGUCCUGUGGAGGUUCCUCUCUUGGCAUCCAGCGACAAGGGACAAAUUUCGUAGCGCCCCAUUCGUCGGGUGGUCUAAUCACGCUGCUCGUAAGCAAUCACUCGGAGAUCUGAUAUCUCGCGACAUGCAACGCAACACACUGGCUGAGUUCAGAGCUGGUCGGAAAAACCUGCUGAUCGGAACCGACGUUCUCGAGGAAGGCCUCGACAUCAGUGCUUGUCGCUUGGUUGUCUGCUUCGAUAAACCGCCUAAUGUCAAGUCAUUCAUCCAGCGGCGAGGCCGAGCACGCCACCCUCAUUCAGUCUAUGCCCUCAUGCUGUCGACCGAGGACGAGUCACUUGCGGUCACACAAUGGCAGGCCCUGGAAACGGCGAUGAUAGAAGCUUACAUGCAGGAGUACAGACUCCUUGAGGAAGAUUUUGCCGUUGAGGCUAUCCAAGAAGCUGUAGACGACUGUCUUUUCGUCAACAGUACAUGUGCUCGAAUUUCUGCAGAGGAGGCAGUGCCACAUCUUCAGCAUUUCUGCUCGGUACUCCCAUCAGAUCCCUAUGUUGAAAAUAGUCCAACUUUCUCUUACGAGGAAGGAGAUCAUGGAUUGCUUCGAGGAGCAGUUGUGCUUCCUAACUCCGUUCAUCCGUCCGUUCGCCAAGCACAUGGCAAGCGAUGGUGGCGUACGGAAAAGGCAGCUCGGAAAGACGCUGCUUUCCAGGCGUAUAAAGCCCUCUGGGAAUACGGUCUCGUCAAUGACAAUCUUUUGCCCUUGUCAAACAAGGCGGAGAUUCAAAUUACAAAAGAUGAGUCUUUGCCCGCUAUCGUCGAGUGUUCCGGGCAAUAUGAUCCUUUGAUUGAUCUCGCACACGCCUGGGCGGCGCAGGAUCUGCAUAUGACGAGCAUCACUGUGACGGACCAAAAAACGGGCCAGGUAUAUGAGGAUCUGCAGAUGUCCAUGAUACUCCCAAGGGCUGGACCUGUGCCAGACCCUCUUACGUUCUUUUGGGAAAGCGACACAAGGCUGACCGUGUCUUUUGGUGAGAGCCAACCUCUGCCUUUUCCGGCCUCUGCAGAGAUGAUCAAGUAUAUGCGAGACAUCACAGCAAUGUAUUUGCAGGCCCCAUCGUCACGUUUACAAGGCUUGGAUCGGGACUAUGUGGCACUAUUCGUACCAAACAUUCCCGUUGAUCAGCUUGGGGCUUGGCUUCAACAGUACCAGGGGACACAAAUGGCCACGGAGAUGUUCGCUCGGGAUCCCACAAUUUGUCCUGUUGGUAUCAUCCGAGAUACUGCAAAGUACAGCGAACCGCGCCUAUUCCGCAUGUGGCACGAUGUAAACCCGGUAGAAGUUGAGGUCCAGAGUCUGCCCAAGCGGCGCAACCUUUUGCAGUACAAGGAUCCGUCUCAGAUGGCGGAUGAAAGGGAAGAAGCACCGCCGAAAAUCCACUUGAUUCCAGCCAUAGGCUGUACGGUGGACCGGCUUCCCUGGAAAAAGUCCAUGUUUGGAUUGUUCAUAUCUGCCAUUCUGGACCGAGUGACGGCUGUCAUGGCGGCGCACAAACUCAACGAAACUAUUCUCAAGGGCUCCCAGAUCCGCGACCUCCGCCAUGUAUUGACGGCAAUUACCACGCCUCUAGCCCAAGCCCCGACUCAUUACCAACUUUACGAAUUUUUCGGCGACGCAGUUCUCAAAUUCACGGCAAGCUGUCAGCUAUUCUUUUCCAAGCCUGCUUGGCACGAGGGCUACCUCUCCGAAAGUCGAGACAAAUCAGUCAAGAACCAGCGUCUCGCGAGAGGGGCUCUGGAUGUUGGCUUGGAUCAGUUUAUUUUGAAUGACCGCUUCACUCCUCGAAGAUGGCAUGCGCCGAUCAUUUCCAAGAAAAUAUCCCCGGAAGCCAUCCCUCCAAAGCGCAAGCUUGCAAUGAAUGUGCUUGCGGAUGUCGUUGAAGCUUUAAUCGGGGCGGCCUAUAUGGAUGGCGGUAUCUCAAAGGCACAAACCUGUCUAUACCGGUUCAUACCAGAAAUUGACCUUCAAUCAAUGUCACCGCAGGCUGUGGACACGCCUCCAGCAAGCCGGCUGGUCGAUACCAAAAUGCUGAGCAAGUUGAUUGGGUACGAAUUCACGAAUGCACAUCUGUUGACUGAAGCUCUCACACAUCCCUCGUGCGAGCACGACACAAAAACCCAGUCAUACCAGCGGCUCGAGUACCUUGGAGACGCGGUGCUAGAUAUGGUUGUUGUCUCCUUGCUAGCGAAUUUGAACCAGCAGAUCCCAGAGGGAAAAAUGACCUUGUUCAAGCACUCAGUCGUAAAUGCGGGUCUGAUGGCAUUCCUCUGUAUGGACCUUACAGUAGAUGGCAUCUAUCUUUGGCAAUUUCUUCGAUACAAUGGACCCACCAUUGCCCUUGCUCAAGCAGAAUCUGUCGCUCGAUACGAAGAAUUGCGCGAAGUGAUCUGGCACGAACUCAACCAUGGGUCCGAAUAUCCUUGGGAGAUCUUCUCGCGUCUACGGCCAGACAAAUUCAUGUCCGACAUUAUUGAAAGUGUCCUCGGUGCGAUAUUUCUAGAUACAGGCGCGGAUCUUAGCCUGCGUCAUUGCGAGGCGUUCCUCGAGAGACUGGGGCUACUCCCGUACCUGAGACGCAUUAUCUCAAACAACGUUGAUGUUCAGCACCCUCGAAGCAAAGCGCAGGACAUAUUAGCACAGGCGGUUGGACAAGUUGGGUUCAAAGCGAGGCGUGUCGAGGCGAAGGGGGUCCCGGCGACCUAUCGUUGCACUGCGACUUUGAACAAAACCCAGAUUGCGCUGAUUGAAGGAUGUGCUUCCGCCGACGAGGCGGAGAUCAAGACUGCGUUGUGGCUGAUUGAAAACUUUCAACCCUCGCUGCCUUCAGAAGAGGUCGCAUGCGCAUGA